AUGGAUAACAUGGCAUCACUGUCGAGCGGGCUGCCACGACGGGCGACGACGCAGCAGGAGCUCCAGGAUCUGGACACGAACCUGAUUUCCGAGUUCAAGACAGCAGCUUCGGCUGUGACGAAACUUUUUAAACUGGCAGGAGCAAAGACAGAGCUGUCGCGCCGUCAGGGAUACGUCGAUGCUUUACAGGAUUUGCUGACUGCUCUGGAGGAGGACCCGUCUUUGAACCCCCAGUCAUGGGCCCUGGAUAGACUGGUCAGUUUGUGUCCGGACGGAUCUGAGGAUCCGGUUUUGAAUACAACGGGAAAACGAUUCCAGUCGGCCAGUCCCGUGCCAGAUCAGUCACAAUUGGGACAGUCUGGACUGGGUUUGCCGUCUCAGACAGCCAAGUCGCACGUCGAGGGGCACGAGCAUCUCCAACAUCAACUCCAGCAUCAGCAUCAACAACAGCAUCAAACUCUACUUCAGCAUCAACAACAACUUCAACAGCAUCAGAAUCAGCAUCAGCAUCAGCAUCAACAGCAUCGGAAUCAGCAUCCGAAUCAGCAUCAACUUCAACAUCAGAAUCAAGCAUUAGAGAAUACUGUACCUGUCAGUACCACUACAGGAGGACCAGGAGCUGAUUUCGCCAACAUCAGUCCCAGAAAACUACGAGCUCGUACUCAACGAACUCAAAUCUCCUCUGUUGGAAUGACUGAUCCAUCUGCUGCUGUUUCUGGUACUACGACUGCUGCUACAACUACUGCUGCCACUGCUGCUCAUACUGCUACUCAGAAUGGCUCUACUGGCCCUAUAACCACCAGCAUCACUCGUAGCGGUCCCAACAAUCUCAGUAUUAGCACUGGCAUCACAACUACUACAACUCCUACUACAACUUCUGCUACUGCCGGAACCACAACUGUUUCAUCUGGUGAUGCUACCGACCAGAUCAGAUCGCCCACUGGUAUCACUGCACCGAGCCCACCAGCGCCAUUAAACGGCAUGUUCAGUUUCCGGACCGACCAAAUGUUGCCGUCGACACCGCCAGAACUGUCCGACCGGUUCGAGUUCGACUUUUCCCACCCCACCAUUACCACCACCGACGAAGACCACGGCGUCGGCGACAAACGGCGGUUUACCGGCACCCACCUCCGGCUCGACACGGACCAUCUCAAACGAGUCCGCCGCGACUACUGA